AUGAUAUUGUCGUUUGAUGAGUUUGAUGUAAUCCUUGGUAUGGAUUUGUUAACUUCCCAUGGUGUUAUAGUGGAUUGUGGAAAAAAAUCUAUUGAGUUGAAAUGCAAAGGCGGGGAUAUUCUUCGGGUUGGACCGAGUGAACCGGAUAACUUGCCAAUAGUGAUAUCGUCGAUGACGGUAGAGAGAUAUUUGAGAAAAGGGUAUGUGUUUCUGGAAGAAUUACUCGGAUUACCCCCAACUAGGGAAGUUGAAUUUGGUAUCAAGUUAAUCCCUGGUAAAGCGCCCAUCUCGAUUGCUCCAUAUGGGAUAGCUCUGAUGGAGUUAAAGGAGUUGAAAAUGCAGUUACAAGAAUUAACUGACAGGGGUUUUGCGAGACCGAGUUAUUCUCCAUGGGGUGCUCCAAUGUUUACUGAUGCAAGAAGGCAAGGUGACAGCUUAUGCCUCGAGGCAGCUGAAACCAUAUGA